ACCUUACUCAAAUAAUUUACAAAAAACUUUGAGACACAAUAAAAUUAUGGGACAAUUAAAUUUAACCAAGAUCAUCGAUUUGUCGUAUCAAAGACUAUCUCACUUCGUAAUUAUAAUACUGUUUUGGUCGUUAUUGUGGUCACUAUAUGGCGAUCCGGCCCUUCCAGUCGGUGGACACCUCUUUCAUCUCAUAAUUCUGUUUAUAGUGUCGUGUAUUUCGGCACAAAUGUGUCAACUUAUAUACUGUCCGCCACUUUUUGGAUCAUUAAUUGUAGGAUUUAUUUACGGAAAUGUCUCCGACGUAACCCUCAAUACAGAGGUGUCGUCGAUGUUGAGGUCGGCGUCACUGGUAGUCAUACUACUCGAAGCGGGACUAGAGUUGGACCCAAAGGUUAUCCGCAAAAUGAGUUUCGUUUGCCUACGGAUGGCAUUCGUGCCGUUGAUAGUGGAAGUGCUGGCCAUCACUUUUGCCACUUAUUUCUUGAUAGACUUUCCACUGAAAUGGGGGUUUCUAUUAGGGUUUGUAUUGGCUGCCGCUUCCCCGGCGAUUGUGGUCCCGGGUAUGUUGAAACUUCAGGAGAAACGGUUGGGCGUCGAUAAAGGCAUACCAACUCUAGUGAUCGCAGCCGCCAGUAUUGAUGACAUUAUGGCCAUCACUGGCUUCAGUAUCUGUUUGGGACAGGUAUUCACAUCCGACACAUCCAUGGCGUGGACUGUACUCAAGGGGCCGGUGGAGGCUGUGGUGGGCGUUGUGGCCGCCAUUGCCAUCGGAAUAUUCUUAUGGUAUGUCCCAAAGGACAAGGAGUCCAAACUGGAGCGCAUUGUGCUGUUACUGUUGUUUGGUUUGGUUUCUAUGUUUGUGAGUCAGUCCCUCGACUUUGAAAGUUUUGGCACAAUCGCCACAAUUGUGUUGUCAUUUGUGGCGGCAAUCAAGUGGAGGGACAAUGGGAGGGAUAAACCCAUUCUUACGACUCUCAAGAUCUCGUGGUCUGUAUUCGAGCCCUUAUUGUUCGCUUUGAUUGGCUUUGAGGUGAAGAUAUCGGACUUACGCUCAAAUGCCAUCGGCUUUGCAAUCCUUGCGCUUAUAAUUGCGUUAAUAUUGCGAACAAUCGCCUCAAUGGUUGUUAUAAUCGGCGCUAAUCUCAACCUAAAGGAGAAGAUCUAUGUGUCGAUCGCGUGGACACCGAAAGCCACGGUUCAGGCGGCCAUCGGAUCCGUUGCCCUCGAUUUGGCCCAACAGAGGGACGACCCGCGCCUCAAAGAGUUGGCUACUAUUGUGCUGACAGUAUCUGUACUCUCUAUCCUCAUAACAGCCCCGUUGGGCGCCAUUUGGAUCACAUGUAUGGGCUCGCGGUGUCUGAAGAAAGCCGUUCCCAUUGAAGACACACCACUCCAAGAAUGUAAUACUAUUUGCCAUGAUUUGAAAACU